AUGCUAUCGGAAGAAUUCGUCUCAGCCAUCUGCGGUGCUCCUCUGAGCUCCAACACGUCCAUCGUCAAGGACGUGGGAAUCUACGGCCACACUCUGAGCCCUACCUACUCUGUCAAAUACAACUUCAAGAAGAGCUCGGCGCCGGUAAACUGCGUUGCCGUCAGCGACACACAUGUCUACGCUGCUCAAGAGAACAAAGCCUAUGUCCACGUUUACUCGAGGAUACGCGGGAACCAGGAGGCCUUUGUGGCCUUCCCCGAGAGAAUCCGGUGCUUGACCUUGGCUGGUGACGUCCUUAUUUUGGGCACAGCAGAAGGUCGGCUCAUGCUUUGGGAGACAUCCACCGGUCGCCUAGUAUCAACCCCAGCGCGCCACGUCCAAGCAGUCUCCUGCGUAGUCGCCACGCCCUUCCACGUCUUGACGGGAUCCGACGACUCAGACAUCCACGUGUGGUCCCUCUCUUCACUGCUCGAGCUCACCCCUUCCUCCGCCGAACACGAGCCAGAGCGCAGUCUCUCCAACCACCGCGCCGCCAUCACCGCCCUCUCCGUCAACGCCUCCGUUUCCUACGACACCAACCUUGCCGUCUCCGCCAGCAAAGACAAGUCCUGCAUCAUCUGGAACUACCAAACGGGCGACGCGCUGCGCACCCUCUUGUUCCCCAGCUUCCCCCUGUGCAUGUCGCUGGACCCGGCCGCGCGCGCCAUCAUCGUCGGGUGCGAGGACUCGUCGCUUUACAUGGCCGAGUUCUUCAAGGGGGGCGACAGCAAGGCUCUUUUGGGCGCGCAGUCCGAGGACGCGGCGACGGUGAUGCAGAUUUCUCAACCCUUCGGUGCCACCCAGCCUGGCGCUGGUCCGGCGUCUUGCUUGGCGUUUAGCUACGACGGCACGACGCUCCUGACGGGCCACCCCAAGGGCCAGAUCAUGAAGUGGGACGUGGUGGAUAACAAGGCGCCGGUGGAGCUGACGAACCUUAAUGCUGCCGUGACGAAUUUGGUAUUUGUCUCGCCCUUUGAGGCGAAGGCGGGGAACAACAAGGCGACCAAGACAUCGACCAUUGUGAAGCCGAAUCAGGCGGAGCGCGCUUAUACGGUUACGACCCAGCUUGAGGCUGAUUUGAGGAGCCAGACGAGGGUUGACGAGUUGGUGAACUCGACUGGUUUCAGUCAGCAGGCUUUGGAGAACGCUAUUGCGGCAUUCCAGGAGGCCUUGGCGGAGAAGGAGUCUGAGAAGAAGGAAUGA